CGAGAGCUCCAGGCCUCCGGGUCCCCUGCCGCGCUCUUGUCGGCCUGGCGGCAGCGGGCUGCCUUUUCCCUUCCAGUACUGGCCUGUUGCUUCGGCGUCUGAACCUUCUUCUUCUUCUUCUUCGUCGUCGUGCGAUCCGAUUUCGAAUCCGUAUCCCCGCUCACGGCAGGACGCGACGCAGUCUUCGAUCGAGCGAGCGAUUGAGCGAGUGAGCAAGCUCGGAGCAAUUGCGAGCGUAACUGAGUUGUUGAUGUUGUUGUUGCCCAGUGAGGAGUUCGGGAGUGUGGAUUGUGGAGCAGCGAUUGGUUGGAGUGGAGUGUCUGGUAAAUGUGAAAGGAAGCAGGGGGAGAGCGGCGGAAGGAUCGAGGAACGAGCGAGGGAAGAGUGAUCGCGAGUGGAAAGGACGAGAAGUUGGAAAUUCGGAGAGUCAUGGUGUUUUCGUAGAGGAGGUGGCGUGAAGGGUUUCUAGCGUGGGGAGGUUGCUAUAAAAAGGCGUGGGCAGUGGAGCGGAGGACAUUGGUGGAGCAGAAUGCUGGGUCGUCUAGAGCUGUUUGAUCUUGGGGAGUGACAGCGGUGGAUGCGGGAAGCGCGCGUUAGCGAAUGUGACUUUCUCCUUUUAAGUCGGGACCUUUCGAGAUUCUUCGGCGAACGUUGCAGUCGUUGAUCGUUGGCAGAGCGCGAAUGUCCCUGAGACUCAAUCGGUGACCAAUCGUCGGCCCAACGUUCAUACCGCUCGUCAUUCAAAAUCGUUCGCCUGGUCGAAAGCUUUUUCUUUUUUAAAAGGCUUGAAUAGAGAUAUCUUCCCGGCCGUGCUGAUGGUUGCUCUGGAAUUGGAACUCGAGAAGGAGAUGGACGAUUGUCCUUCGAAAAUUACCGACAAGUUAACACUUCGAAGUCAGUCUUUAGGUUCCGAAGUUGCGGACGAUGAGUUGGAGAUUCCGUUAGAAGCAUAUACCGUUCUUCAUGGGUUAGCUGAAGAGUGGACGGACAUCUCCGGCAAUGAAAAUCUGACUUUAAGGCAAUUGAAGGGGGCCAUGACCAAUGAAGUUUUCGAGUGUCACUGGGCACUGGCAAACAAGAGAGGAAAGCCUAGGAAGGUGCUGCUGCGUUUGUAUGGAGAGAGCUCGGAACUUUUUUUCAACAGAGAAAAUGAAAUAUUGACAUUUGAGAAAAUGUCCCAGCAUGGACAGGGUCCACGCCUUCUUGCGCGCUUUAGUACGGGCCGAGUCGAAGAAUUUCUAAAUGCCAGGACUUUGUCAUCUGUGGAUUUGCGGAACAACCAAAUAUCGGAUCAAGUUGCGGUUAAAUUGAGAGAAUUUCAUGCACUCGAUAUGCCCGGACCAGCUGAGCCUAUGAUAUGGCAACGCUUGAGCAUGUGGUUGGAGAAGGCCUUGGAAUUAGCUAGCCCGAAUCAAGUAGAAGAAUUUAGUCUGCAUCUACUGCACGAAGAAAUAGCUAAUUUGCAGAAGAUGCUCCGAAGAUCUGGUGAAAAAAUUGGAUUCUGCCACAAUGAUCUACAAUAUGGAAACUUGAUGAUUGACGAUAACGAAACCAAUCUCACCAUAAUUGAUUACGAGUAUGCAAGCUUCAAUCCCGUAGCAUACGACAUCGCCAACUAUUUUUGCGAGAUGGCUGCUGACUACCACUCAGACACACCUCACGUGCUGGAUUAUAGCAAAUAUCCUGAUUACGAGAACCGUCGCAGGUUUGCAGCAAUGUACUUGCAAGCUACAGGCGAAUCUGUUGAUGAGGUGGAGAUAGAUGCUUUAGUGAAGGAAACGGAUUCAUAUAGACUUGCAAGUCAUCUUCUUUGGGGCUGUUGGGGUCUCAUUUCCGCCCAUACUUCGGACAUCGACUUCAACUAUCUGGAGUAUGCACGUCAACGGUUUCAGCAAUAUUACUUGGUGAAGAAAAUCAGCCUUUGACACGGAAACUUCACAGUAACGUGUCAUCAUGAUAUCAUCGUUGAAGUACUCUAUUCUUGAGGGCACCGAAAGGAUUGUCAACAUGUUUCGUACCCGUCAACAUGUCAACAUGUUUCUUUGAGCUGCUGGUUGUUUUGUGACAUACAUUUAAGAAUUGACGGGCACCGCGUGUUGAUGGAAAACUAGCAUUCGGCGCUGCAUGCGCUUUACAGCCCCCGUCAUCAAUCACACGAGCACCAUGGGAUUUCUAGCUCCGUUUUAUUCUGGAAAUUCAUCAUCGGCUGAAAAUACUCAGUACGCAGUGUAACAUAUUCGUGUAGUCUUAUUAGAUCCUGGUGAAAUAGGUAAAUCUCUCUCGGUAUGCCUUAAUUCCUUUACCGGAGGACCAUUGGUUGGAAAUCUGAUCGUUUUAGACGAUUUGUUGUAUGAAAGAUGAGAGCAAGAGAUUGUUUCAUAUUUGUUUUAGUGAAGCGCCAUACGUACCAUAGCUGUUUCCGAGAGGGGUGGGAGAUAACCUCAAUCUACCAAAAGCAGGUGGAAGCAGGUUACUCCCUUGUUGUGAAGAAAAAGAGCGCUACUACUUAUCCUGUCAAAGCCAUCGCCAAUACCUGUGUACCGUUGGUAAGGAAAUAUAAGUGUUGUUCGUCCGUAGAUCCUGUUGUUUUGGACGAAAUAUCAAUAAAUAGAUCACACAAUU